UGGACAGAUUAGAUUUGAUUUGAUUGAUUGAUUGAUUGAUUGAUUGAUUGAUUGAUUGAUUGAUUGAUCUAAUUCCAAAUCAGAUGUUAGCUCAUAAUGGUAAUCAUUAUCUUCACAUUUUGUUUCAGACAUGGCACCAGUUGAGGUUAAUGUACAUUGUAGCUAUCCAUCUACCAAGCUGGAAAAGAUGAGAACAGCAAAAGCCCUCGUAGAGAAAGCAGUCAAGGCGCGGAAAGUGUUUUCAGUGCAGGGGCGCCAUCCUGUGAUUCGUGCCGGUUUACGGGCCAGAGGGUGGGUGGAACGUUAUUUGCCCAACGUAGGCUACGAUUCGCCUCGCUGCCAGAGCGAUAAGGACAAGGAUGAAGAUGACGGCAGCAUUGGAGCAAAAAAUAAUGCGAGAGGCGAUGGCGGUGAGCAAGAUGACCUUGACAAAAUGCAUGAGUUUAUGUCUCGCCUUGUUCGAAAUGAAAGGAUUUCUUUCUACUGGAGCUCCUGUUACGACACCAGCCGUUAUCGCUCCUUUACACGGGAUCAAAUAACCAACCACUAUGCCAACACUCGAACCUUCACCACCAAGGUGGGCCUCUGUGUGAACCUGCGUAACCUAAAAUGGUAUGACACCGAAGACCCCGACGCCUUCUUUCCGAGAUGUUACAGGCUUGGGGCUGAGGAAGAAAGAGAUGCAUUCAUUGACGACUUCAGAAGGACAGCGUGCAGCAGUCUGCUGAAGCACGUGGUGGAGAUGAGCAUGACGACAAAAGGGCACAGGCGAAACAAGGAGGGGGAUGAUAAAGCCGUCAUCGGGCCAGGUGGGAGGCUGGGUGCGAAAUUUGACACGGAGAAGGUGGUGAAUAUUUGUUAUCCCCACUGUCAGUGCAGGGUGAUCGAUACGGCCUUGCAAAGGUGUCAGGAGUAUCUGAGUGUCGUAGCGCACAGCGACAUUGAUGUAAUUGUGAAACCUCCGCCUUGCGUGGAGGAAAAUCAAUGGAAUUGCUUUCUACAAAACUACUACUUGGUUGUGCAUGGAGGAGCAUUGAUCAGAAGUAGUGCUGCUUUUGUGGAACGCUGCCAAGCCAUGUUGGUCCGAAUAAAGGAAGUCUGUCCUCAGACGGACAUUGAUGGAGUCAAUAACAUCUGGAUUAUAAAACCAGGUGCAAUGUCCAGAGGAAGAGGUAUUGUCUGCAUGAAUCGCUUAGAUCAGAUUUUAGCUCUGGUAGAGUCAGACAGAGCAUUGGUGAAAGAUAGCAAGUGGGUGGUUCAGAAGUACCUGGAACGUCCUCUCUUGGUCAACGGAACCAAGUUUGAUCUGCGUCAGUGGUUUCUCGUCACUGACUGGAACCCCCUGACUGUGUGGUUCUAUAAGGAGUGCUACCUGAGGUUCUCAACUCAGCCCUACUCGACAAAAAAACUUGAUAGCUCAGUCCAUUUGUGCAACAAUGCCAUCCAGAAGCACUUCCAGCCAUCACAUAAACGCCAUCCAAGCGUCCCCAUGGACAACAUGUGGUCCAGCUCCGACUUUGAGGAUUUUCUGGAGAAGCAGGGCCGUGGGAAACAGUGGGACACAGUGGUGGUCCCGGGUAUGCAGCAGGCUGUGGUCCACGUCUUACAGACGGUGCAGGACCUGGUGGAGCACCGCAAAGCGACUUUUGAGUUAUACGGUGCUGAUUUCAUGUUGGGGAAUGAUCUGAGGCCUUGGCUCCUUGAAGUCAACAACAAUCCCACCAUGGCCUGCACCAGCAUCGUCACAGCUCGCCUAUGCCCCGCCGUGCAGUUGGACACUCUGAAGGUGGUGCUGGACAGACGGAACAAACCCAACGCCUUUACGGGAGGCUUCCAGUUGAUCUACAAACAGCCUGCAGUUGAACCCCCGAAGUUUUGUGGAGUGAGCCUUCUAGUGAAAGGAAAGCACAUCAAGAAACCUAAAUCUACAAAGCGCAGAUCAAGGCUUAGUUCUACUAGGUCUCGCUUGACCCAGUCUUCCAAGGGUAGUGAAAUUAUGAGUAAAGAGCAAGUGAAGUCAUGCGAGACGGAACAAGAGAAGAAGUCUUGUCCUGAGAAAAAGAAGAAACCUUCUCCAAGAAAAGAACAUCAGGAAAGAGAAGCGGUCCACAGUGCCGAUUUGGUGUCAGAACAACAUGCGGUGGGGGACCACACUGAAGCCAGGAAGCGAUCCCAAUGUUUGAGUCGGAAUCAUGGCAGCAGAGGAACCCCACUUGCCCAACGCAGCACCCGCCCUUGCAGUGUUUCACCUGUAUGUAAAUCUCCAAUUAUACCAAAUCUGCAGAGGUCCUUCCUUCCUGGGAACUUUCCGAGCCUUGUCACCGGCCCCAAAAUAUGCAACUUCUUUCAGUGCAGAUCAGCUCGCCGUCCUGUGGUGAAAAAGCGAAUAUGCUAAUAAAAUGUCAGUGAAUUUGACAACAGUAGAUGGAGUUGAAAAGAACCUGUUUCUAGGUCAUAAAGGUCAUCUUGAAUUUUUUUUUUAUAAAAAAAAAAAAAAAAAACAUUAUUAAUGAAAGAAGUAUUAAACAAAUGUUUUGAGAUCUUUGAAACCAUUAAGGAAAAUGUAACUGCAUUACGUAUUCGAGAUUGGGAAACAAAUUGUAAGAUGUGAGUAUAUCCACGAGAGGGCGCUACAUUCUCAGAAAAACUUGAACCCAGGACACGUUCACUGACAGUACACAAGACGGCAGAGUAACCUCACGAAUAGUUACAAAGUUGUUGUCAUGCAAACUGAACUGGGUAGAAAAUGUACCUAAAAUAAAAUGUAAUAAAAACUCAUACAGUAAUUCCUGGCAUUCAAUCA